ACAUGACUACAACUUUUAUUUUUAUUGAAUUGUUACUCUCGUGAAUGGAGAUGAACAAUUGAGUUAAGCGAAGAAACCUAGCUGGGCAAAAAAACUCAUUUUGUGAACACAAAAGCAUCAUAUCACAACUCAACAAUCUCUGAUUCCUAACUUAUCAUCUCACUUCACGUAGCUCCGAUCGUUUGUUGCACUAUAUGCUUCCUAAAAAGAGAUCUGUUGAAGGAGUAGCUGGAGGCGGUGAUAGCGUAAAUACGAGUAGUGAUUCUGGUAAAGUAGUUAAGAAGCAGAAGACAGGGUGUUUGUUUAGUUCGAGUAACGAAAAUACGAAGGUUGGGAAUAUGGGAGGUAGUGUAAGCGGAGUAGGCGGAGUAGGUAGCAGUGUUGAGAAGCGGAGUAUGGCGUUGGAUGAUGGAAAUCAGCAGGAGAUUGAUGAGGACCUGCAUAGUAGACAGCUUGCGGUUUAUGGCCGAGAGACGAUGAGGCGGCUUUUUGCGUCGAAUGUGCUUGUUUCUGGAAUGCAAGGUCUUGGUGCUGAAAUAGCAAAGAAUCUGAUACUAGCUGGUGUCAAGUCCGUGACGUUGCAUGAUGAAGGAAAUGUUGAAUUAUGGGAUAUGUCCUGCAACUUUAAUUUUACAGAGAAUGACAUUGGUAAGAACAGAGCACUCGCUUCUGUUCAGAAGCUGCAGGAGCUUAACAAUGCUGUUGUUGUUACCACCUUAACAAAAAAAUUGACCAAGGAGCAAUUAUCUGAUUUUCAGGCUGUGGUUUUUACGGAUAUAGACUUGGAGACUGCAAUUGAAUUUAGUGAUUACUGCCAUAAUCAUCAACCAUCUAUUGCAUUCAUAAAGACUGAAGUGAGAGGUCUAUUUGGUAAUGUGUUCUGUGAUUUUGGCCCAGAGUUCACUGUGGUUGAUGUUGAUGGCGAGGAACCUCACACAGGCAUCAUUGCAUCAAUCAGUAAUGAUGCAUCUGCACUUGUAUCAUGUGUUGACGAUGAAAGGCUCGAAUUCCAGGAUGGUGAUCUUGUUGUGUUUUCAGAGGUUCGUGGUAUGACAGAACUGAAUGAUGGGAAGCCAAGAAAGAUAAUUAAUGCAAGACCCUAUUCCUUUAACCUUGAAGAGGACACAUCAGAGUAUGGGCAGUAUGAGAGAGGAGGUAUUGUCACUCAGGUGAAGCAGCCCAAGGUUUUGAAUUUUAAGCCAUUAAAAGAAGCACUUGAAGACCCAGGCGAAUAUCUGCUCAGUGAUUUCUCCAAAUUUGACCGGCCACCACUCCUGCACUUGGCUUUUCAAGCACUUGACAAGUACGUAUCUGAAUUAGGACGCUUCCCAGUUGCUGGUUCUGAAGAAGAUGCACAGAAGCUCAUAUCCAUUGUCAGUGCCCUGAAUGAGAGCUUAGGAGAAAGGAAAGUAGAUAAUAUUAGCCCAAAACUUCUAAGGCAAUUUUCCUUUGGUGCUCGUGCAGUGCUGAGUCCAAUGGCAGCUAUGUUUGGUGGAAUUGUUGGUCAGGAGGUUAUGAAGGCAUGUUCAGGAAAGUUUCAUCCACUUUUCCAGUUCUUCUACUUUGACUCCGUUGAGUCGCUUCCCACUGAAUCAUUGGAAAAUAGGGACUUUGAACCGCUGAACAGCCGUUAUGAUGCACAGAUAUCAGUGUUUGGGGCUAAACUUCAAAAGAAACUUGAAGAUGCUCAGGUUUUUGUUGUUGGUUCUGGUGCACUGGGUUGCGAAUUCCUCAAAAAUUUGGCUUUGAUGGGAGUUUCAUGCGGCAACCAGGGGAAACUAACUGUCACUGAUGAUGAUGUGAUUGAGAAGAGUAACCUGAGCAGGCAGUUUCUCUUUCGUGAUUGGAACAUUGGGCAGGCAAAAUCAACAGUUGCUGCUACUGCUGCUGCAUUAAUAAAUCCGGCUCUACAUAUUGAAGCAUUGCAGAAUCGUGUGGGCCCCGAGACUGAGAAUGUUUUUGAUGAUACCUACUGGGAGAAUCUAAGUGUAGUUGUGAAUGCCCUGGACAAUGUCAAUGCUAGGCUGUAUGUUGAUCAGAGAUGCUUGUAUUUUCAAAAGCCACUUUUAGAGUCUGGAACUCUGGGGGCCAAAUGCAACACACAGAUGGUCAUCCCUCAUCUGACAGAGAAUUACGGUGCCUCAAGGGAUCCACCAGAGAAACAGGCACCAAUGUGUACUGUGCACUCAUUUCCGCACAACAUUGACCAUUGCUUGACAUGGGCGAGGUCAGAGUUCGAGGGCUUGCUAGAGAAAACACCUGCUGAAGUGAAUGCUUAUCUUUCUAAUACAAGUGAAUAUACUUCUGCAAUAGUAAACGCUGGCGAUGCUCAGGCUAGGGACAAACUGGAAAGGGUUCUCGAGUGCCUCGAUAAGGAUAGAUGUGAUGCAUUUCAAGACUGCAUUACAUGGGCUCGUUUAAGGUUUGAAGAUUAUUUCUCCAACCGUGUGAAGCAGUUGAUUUUUACUUUCCCGGAAGAUGCCUCAACAAGUACUGGAGCCCCAUUUUGGUCUGCACCUAAACGCUUUCCCCGACCACUGCAGUUCACUACUUCUGAUCCAAGUCACUUGCAUUUUAUCAUGGCUGCUUCCAUUUUACGUGCCGAGACAUUUGGCAUUCCUAUCCCUGACUGGGCCACACACCCUAAGGCUCUGGCAGAAGCUGUUGAUAGAGUAAUGGUUCCCGAAUUUCAACCGAAGAAAGGUGUCAAAAUUGAGACUGAUGAGAAAGCCACAAACCUCUCUGCAUCUUCAAUAGAUGACAGUGCGGUUAUCAAUGAACUAAUCACGAAACUGGAGCAGUGUCGGAAGAAUCUGUUGCCUGGGUUUAAGAUGAAACCGAUUCAGUUUGAAAAGGAUGAUGAUACAAAUUACCACAUGGAUAUGAUAGCUGCACUGGCCAACAUGAGGGCGAGAAAUUAUAGUAUCCCUGAAGUUGACAAGCUGAAAGCAAAAUUUAUUGCCGGCAGAAUUAUCCCUGCAAUUGCAACCUCCACUGCGAUGGCUACCGGUCUUGUUUGCCUUGAGCUCUACAAGGUUCUAAAUGGAGGGCAUAAAGUGGAAGACUACCGCAACACAUUUGCAAACCUGGCUCUACCUUUGUUUUCAAUCGCUGAGCCAGUCCCUCCCAAAGUCUUCGUUCACCGGGAUAUGAAAUGGACUGUAUGGGACAGAUGGAUUGUCGAAGGAAAUCCAACAUUGAGGGAGCUCCUUAAAUGGCUAUCAGAUAAGGGCCUAAACGCCUAUAGCAUUUCGUGUGGAAGUUGCCUUCUUUAUAAUAGCAUGUUCCCUCGUCACAAAGACCGAAUGGAUAAAAAGGUUGUGGAUUUGGCAAGGGACGUGGCAAAGUUGGAGCUUCCGCCUUACCGUCGACAUUUUGAUGUUGUAGUGGCCUGUGAGGAUGACGAUGACAAUGAUAUUGAUAUUCCUCAGAUAUCCAUUUACUUCCGCUAGAUUUAUCAAUAUAUUGUCAGCUAUGCUGCUUGCCCUCUAGUUUAUGAGGUUAGUUGAUGGGAGUGCACAAUCAUUGAUCUACCCUUUAUGUACUUUUUUCAUACAUCUGAUUAGGGUAGCUAUGAGUAUCUCAUUGUUGCAUACCCCUUUUAGGUUUAUAAUCUGAAUAUGUUUUAUCUAUCUGACCAUUAAGUGUUUAAGAAGUCUAUCAUUGGUGGUUGGCCUUUUGAUGGUGUUUGUAGUCUUUUAUCUGUUUACACACUAACAUGACCUUAUCUGCAUUUCUCA